UGUACACACACAUAGACAUGUACACACACAGAGACACAUGUACACACACAGACACAUGUAUACACACAGACACAUGUACGUACAUACACACAGACACAUGUACACGAACACAUACAUGUACAUACACGCAGACACAUGUACAGAUACACAUGUACAUACACACAGACACAUGUACAAUUGUACAUGCAUACACAGACACACACACACACAUGUACACCCCCCCCCCCCCCCCAUAACAAGUUGCAGUACUUCGUUGUUCACUCACAGAGCCGGGUACUGCACUCUAGGGGGGGGGGUAGAGAGCAGAGCACACACUCCUUCCUUUGCUUUCAUUGCGCUCAGCUAUUGAGCAGUCUGAUGGCUCCCAGUGCCAAAGACAGAUCCGGCCUGAGCUCCGAGCCUACUCAGCAAGAUGGCCCUGGGAGAAACACUCGCCCCCACCAGAAUUUCCACUCGCCAUUGGCAAACAGGUGAGUGGAAAUUUCAAGCCUUGCUCUA